AGGGCAGGGGAAGCCGCUUCACUAAAUUAUUAAGAAUCCAAAAGUGAAAAAGAAUAUCAUCAGCUAGCAACCCAUAUCUAGGUACCAGCUAGCUCCAAUUCUCCCAGCACCCCAGCAAAACCAUUCCUCCAAUACACGUUUUACACUCGAUCCACGCGCGCAGGUACCUUUCAUGUUUUCAAUUUCAAUACCAAUAUAGCCAUAGCUAGCUAUCUAGCACAGACAGAUCAAGAGAAAGAGAAAGAGAAAGACGCGUGUGCAGCCGUAGCUAGCUUGCUCCCUUUGUCCAUUUGUAUAUUUAUGCACAUCUGGUAAUUGUGACCCGCCCAUUAAACCCUUGCAAGCAAGCUACCAUGAAAAACUCAGUCUCAAAUUUUCAACUUGUUCCAUUCUACUCCGGUACUGGAAGGUGGACACUACUGGACAAUCAGCAGGAAUUUCUGGGCGAUGAUCAGCACUGGAUGUGGAUGAACAGGAGGAAACAUAUGUUGGAGAAAUCGUCAUCGCCAUCGUCAUCAUCACAGUUUCAGGCAGCGCCAAGCGAGUCGUGGGAAGAGCAGGCCUUUGCGGAAGACGCGGCGGGGCAGCUCGGAUGGCCGCCGAGAUCUUAUGGGUGCAGUUUUUGCGGGAGAGAAUUCAGGUCUGCUCAAGCCCUUGGCGGCCACAUGAAUGUUCACAGAAGGGAUAGAGCCAGGCUGAAGCAAUCCCCUAAUAGUCCCAAUGGUUCUGAAGUUCUCCAACACCAUCAUCAUCAUCAUAAAAAACAUCAUGAAGAUCAUACACAUAUAAAUAAUCUGUGUAAAGCAUGUUUAGUUCAAGACCCAAGUGAUCAUAUUUGCUGCCCCAAAAGUCUUGAUGCUGCUAGGGUUUCUGCCGCUGCUUCGUCUCAAGCCUACGUAGCACAGAAUUUUGGGGAUAAAAAAUAUUCAUAUGCUGGCUCUACCUCUUCUUCUUCUUCUUGUUAUUCUUCACUUCAGAAUAUUGUUCAUGAACACAAUCACAAGGGAACCCUUUUUGCUGCUCCUCCAUCUUGGUCGGAUUCUGUGGUAGUGAAAGCGCCAAGUACUACUUCUUCAACCCAUUAUAAUAUUGAUCAAAAGGCAAAUGUUGUGAGUAAGAAACCUAAGACUGGAAGACCAGUUAAUGCCUCGUCGAUAGUAAGGCCAGUGUGGAUGAUCAACCCAUGUUCCAUUAAUUAUGAAAGACAGAAUAUUGCCAUUCUCCAAUCUGAGACGUCGACACAGAGGUACGAGACCAGCAGUAGCAGUAGUUCAGCAGGUACCACCAUGGAGGCCUUGGAUCUGGAGCUUAGGCUUGGGACUCAUCCACCAAGGGUGAAGUUGCUGCCUACCUACCUAGCUAGCUAGCUAGCCAUAAGAGUACAACAAAUUAAUUAAGCACACCUUCUGCUUGAUUUAUUAAUUAUAUUAAACUAAUGUUGUUCUUUUGUUCUGAUCCGUUGCCCUGGAUCUUGUAUUGGCUGAUUAGAUGGCAAUUAAACACGCCUCGUGUACGUUUACUUAUUUUAAAUUUGAAUCGAAUCAGUGAAAAGCCCAACUUUCAUACA